UACAUGUUGCCCAUCCGGUUACACCUCAUGGAACCUCGGCCUCAUGCGACGGGCCGGGGAGGAAGCAAGCGCGCAGCAAAGGCGCGCAGCAUCGUCACAAGAGACAAGAGGCACCGGGAGAAGAGGAGACGACUGAGGCUAGAAGAAGAGGAGGGAUAGCUCCUAUAAGUAGCCCCCUCCCCUUCCCCCCCUCUCUUCCUCCCUCCACCUCCGAUCCCCCGCCUCAUCCGUUCCCCUCACCUCUCAGCUCUAGCGCGGCGGAGAGAGCUAGCUAGAGAGAGGACCGGGCCGGGAGAUUGCCGGCGGCCGGCGGUUGUCUAGCUGUGGAACAAACGACUAUCUCUUGUGCGCGCGCGCGCGGAUCAAGCGGGGAGUUUUGGUGUUGUGAAUGGUGAACGGCGAGGCGGAGGCGGAGUGCACGCGGGCGUCGCUGCUGGGGAGGUAUGAGAUCGGGCGCACCCUUGGGGAGGGCAACUUCGGCAAGGUGAAGUACGCGCGCCACACCGCCACCGGCGCCCACUUCGCCAUCAAGAUCCUCGACCGCAACAAGAUCCUCUCGCUCCGCAUCGAUGACCAGAUAAGGAGGGAGAUCGGGACACUGAAGCUGCUCAAGCACCCGAAUGUCGUCCGCUUGCACGAGGUUGCUGCUAGCAAAACGAAGAUUUACAUGGUGCUUGAGUUCGUCGACGGCGGCGAGCUCUUUGACAAGAUUGCUGUAAAGAGGAAACUGUCUGAACAUGAGGGAAGGAGGCUUUUCCAGCAGCUAAUUGACGGCGUCAGCUAUUGCCAUGAUAAAGGUGUCUACCACAGGGACCUUAAGCCAGAGAAUGUUCUUGUUGAUCGGAAGGGAAACAUCAAGAUCUCCGACUUCGGCCUUAGUGCUCUACCUCAACAUCUCGGGAAUGAUGGACUUCUGCACACAACAUGUGGCAGCCCCAAUUACAUCGCUCCUGAGGUUUUGCAAAAUAGAGGUUACGAUGGCUCCUUGUCGGAUAUAUGGUCUUGUGGGGUAAUCCUAUAUGUAAUGCUUGUUGGUUACCUUCCCUUCGAUGACAGGAAUCUUGUUGUUCUUUAUCAGAAGAUUUUCAAGGGAGACUGUCAGAUCCCAAGGUGGCUUUCACCUGCUGCACAGGACCUUCUUAGAAAGAUUCUUGAACCAAAUCCGAUGAAAAGGAUCAACAUCAUGGGCAUCAAAGAGCAUGAGUGGUUUCAGAAGGACUAUGUUCCUGUUGUUCCAUACGAUGACGACGAAGAUUUACUUCCUAGUUCAGUUCUCCCAAUCAAAGAGCAAAUUGAUGAAUCAGCUCAAGAAAAGCCUACUCAUAUCAACGCUUUUCAGUUGAUCGGAAUGGCUUCGUCCCUUGACCUUUCUGGUUUCUUCGAGGAAGAGGAUGUGGCUCAAAGAAAGAUUCGGUUCACAUCAACGCAUUCACCCAAGGAUUUAUUUGACAAGAUUGAGAAUGCUGUGACCGAGAUGGGAUUCAAAGUCCAUAGGGGACCAAGGAAGCUCAAAGUAUUGAAAAAUUGCAAAACUUCCAAGAACUCCAGGAGUCCCGCAUCAUUUUUGGUGUGCAUUGAGGUGUUUGAGCUAGGACCGGCUUUGUAUGUCGUAGAACUGAGGAAAUCCUAUGGAGAUUCUAUAUUGUAUAGACAGCUGUGUGAGAGGCUCUCAGAUGAGUUGGGGGUGUGCAAGACAGAGGAGAUUAUGAGGACUGAAUCGCUGGGUGACUCAGAUAUGUCGAGCCUUGAUGGCGAAGCACUACCUUUGUCUGGUUUCUGAUCAUUGCCUCCCUGCGUGGUUUUGGGCACAGGGGAUGAGGGACAUUCUCGUUCCUGAUGCAGAUCUAGAUUAGGAUCAUGCACAAAGCGUGUGGCGCAAAUUAGCCACCAGGUUGAAUAUUGUUGUAGCCUGUCUGUUCCCCAGAUUCUCAUUCUGAUCCAUAACUAAUUAUUUCUAAAUCAUGUUCGCUUAAACAAACACUACUGCUAAAUCAUCAGCAAUGGAUGCUGAUGCAGAAAGCUGGCUGAUCCAGUAUUGUUCAAA